AUGGACUCCUCUUCCCACAACAUAUCGUUCCCUACCUAUGACAUGGGCUACGACAUGAAUCCGACGUCGACUCCCGACGUCAAUCUUGACGCCCUAUUCAACUACACCACCCCCCAAGACGUCCAACAUCCGGUCCAGCAGACCCCCGUUGGAGCCUACACGUCUGUCACGGGUGCCUACGACCCAUCAGACACGAACCAUGAUAUGCACCAGACAUCCUCGGUACCGGCCUGGGAUGACACCCCUUUCUCCAGCGUGAAGACUACAUCGACUCGGCAGCCCGCCCCCAAGACGUACGACGUGGCUACCCCUGUAGUUGCCAGGAGUACGCAUCCUGUUGCACAGGCGCUGAGAACGCCUGCUGUAGUUGUCACUCACAUCGCGGAGAGCGAUAGGCAACGGCAUCUGAUGUCGCAUUUUGUGCGUAUGCAGUGGCUGCAAGAAUAUCAGCGACAGCAACAGCAACAGCAACAGCAACAGCCACAGCCACAGCCACAACCACAGGGGCAACCAUACCAGCUGCAACCUCAGGGUCAAGUACAGUACCAGUAUCAGCCGCUGCAACAACCGCAGUACCCGCCGCAGUACCAGUACCAGCCACAGCAGCAGCCACAGUUUCAGUGGCAGCAACCAUACCAGCCACAACAGCAGCAAUACUGGCCGCACGUAGAGCGUACUAUAGCUGUGAACGAUCGUCGUCCCAUAAUUUUUGUUUCCUCUUACUCAUCUUCUUACGCACCACAACCCACCGGCCAAGCUUCCGGCGCACCCAUCACACCCGCAUCAACACAAAAUGCCUUUUCCAUGCCAAACACCCCACCCGGCCUUACCCCCAACGCCCCUCUCAUCACCAUCACCGACGACGACGACAACUCGCCUGCCCCCUCAAACCCCGCACCACACACACCCCCACCAGAACCCCGGGGCACCAAGCGAGCGGCAGCAGCAGCGGAUUCAGAACUCGAUGAAGUUCAAGCCGCGAAAAAAGCGAAGCGCGAAGAGGAAUGGGCCGCGAAUCUCCAACGCUACAACAUGUACGCCAAGGAGAUUGACCUCUCGUACCGAGAAAAUAACGUAAACGGGCAGCUUCGCGGUAAAAAGGAUCCGUGGUAUCAGAAACUCGCGGUUUGGGAUGCGUUGCUGAAGGAGCAGGAGGAGGAGAGGGUGAGGCGUGUUGAGGAGGCUGAGGCGAAGAGGGCGAGGAGGAGAAGGGGGAAGAGGAAUGCUGGUGGUGGGAAUGGGGAUGUGGUUGUUGAUGGGGGAGUGGCUGGUGGCCGGGUUGAGAAACCUGGGGAGAAUGUCGUGCAGGAUGUUGCUGGGGGUGAGAAUGAAGAUGAUGAGCUUGAGGCCGAGGUUCGCAGGGGUUUGAUGGAGUUUAUUGGUGCGGCGUAG